AGGGGAAGCGGGAACAACACUUGGAUGCCCCGGGAAAGAGGGGAGGAAAUCGCCCGCGGCCCCGCGUGGGGCGGAACAGCCAGGGAGCUUGGGCUCCUUCGCGCCUUCCCCGCUCUGUCCCUUUAAGAGCAGGGCCGGUCGCCAGGCACCGGGAUUCUCUAGGGAAGGACAGUCAGGUGCGUCACCCCCUCCCCAAGGCCCCGCCUGUCUCCUUGUCUCCACAGCUCACCUGCCGGGUCCAGCUUUGUACACCUGCUGCUGCUGCUCCUUCAGCCCUGCCCCAGGUGAGGCUCAGUUUGUGCGCUAUGAGAUCGCUGGGGCUCGUCUUCGUCUUCCUCUUCCUCCAUCUGAGCUCCCCAGGUUCGGAGGCAGCCCCCUCAGUUCCGCCGCCUCCGGAGCCCUCGAAGCCGUACCAAGCGGAGGUCCUUGGAGCGACCUCCCCUCCAGACACCCCCGCCCCGACCCCCCAGCAAUGGGAAUCGACUGAAGUCCCCCACUCUAUCCCCCCCAAAACUUCCCCAACAGAACCCUAUGAAAGCCCGGGCCCUGCUACUCCUGGGUUGGACAGCCAGAAUUCCUGGCAGUCUCGGGCCCUGUCCCGCCAACACCUUCCCAGCCAGAGUCCCACGAUCCCCUUGAGACUUUACAUCUAGGAGCUCCCACUUCUGACUCAGCCGCACACCCAGAGCCCCAUGCGAGCCCCAAUCCUGACCUCUCCGAGGCCCCCACCUCUGUCUCCCCAGAAGCCUCCGACACCCCUCUGAAAGCUUCCACCCCAGUGUCCCCUGGUGCCUCUAAGCAUGAGCCCUCGGGGACACCCGGCCCAGCUCCUGGGACCCCCAGCUCCGAACCCCCAGAAUCCAUGCACCCACAAACUUCUGAUCCCCCAGAGGUGCCGCAUCCAGACUCCUCCGUGGUUCUUCAGUCUGAGGGCCCAGAAACACCCCCCCCAGAAUCCCGAGCCAUCCCCAGCCCCGCCCUUCCAGAAGUGCCCCAUCUGCAGUCAGCGACCCCCACCAGAGCCAGCUCCCCACAAUUUUCCAUGACUAACCACUCUGGGUCUCCCGACACCCCCCGCCAAGAAUCCCGACAGCCAGACCCUCCACCCUCUCAAGGCCCUCAGGAUCCACUCCCCGCAGUCGCCCGGCUCCUGGAACCCCCGCCUCCCCCUGGUCCGCCAGCCCGGCCCAGACCCCUCCCGCGGCGCCAUGGAGACACUGUGAACACCAUCAUCGUAGUGGAGAGAGUUCAGGAGACUGGUGUGACCCUGGUGGGAAGGCCUCGGGGCGCGGGAGGCGGGGCUCUGUGCCUCUUCCUGGCCGGGGCCGGGCUCCUGCUCGGAGUUUUCCUGCUGCUUUGGUGUCUAUACCGCCGGGCUGCCCGUUCGAGACCCUUUGGCCACCACCGGCUGCCGAAUGACAGCGAUGAGCCGGCUCUGCACCUGGACGCCCCGAAGGAUCCUUAUGACCUCCACUUUUACGCUCCGGACGCCUGGGUUCCUUCCCACAUCGCCACCAAGCAGCCGCCCAGCACUCCCCCUCUGCCUCCCAAGCUGCCCCCGCCCCCGGGCAGGACCUCCUCGCCGCCGCGCCUGGAGCCCCUCUCCCCCGCUGCUCUGCCCAACAACUUCAUGUGAGCCCGAGCUGGGGCCCCGAACCCUGGCUCCUACCCAGCAUGCUUUGCGCUUGUAGUCCUGACUCGGGUGGGGGGAGGUUGGGGAGGGAGGGGGAGAGUCUGAGGUGCUUUGGCUUCCGUUCCCGGAGACGCCAUUGACUCCGAAUUAAAAAGGAUCGUCUCCAGCA